UACUUGUCAUUAACUGGUCCAAUUCUAUUGGGUUGGGCCUAAUGGUCCGUAAACCCAAAUCCAUUAAUAUAGGAUUGCUUGUCAUUUCCGUUACGGCUAUGCCUAUUCAGAAGUGUUGGUUCUUCUUCCUUCACAGCAGCAGCGCAAAGAGGAAUAAUUGAGAACCAUGUCCCUCAAUCUUUUCGCACACGCCAAAUCAAAAUUCAAAUCCUUCCUAAAUUUGCGCUCAACUUCUAUCAUCAAGGAUGAGAAGUUUAUGGUGGCGCAGCUUGAAUCAUCAGGGAUAAUGGACGAGGGAUUGUUACAUUACUCGAUAAUUUCGAUCAAGGAUAAAUAUCCUAUAUUCGAAAAAGGUUUAAAAUAUCCAUUGACUCAGGAUUAUCACCAUCCCUCAUCUAUUUGCAAUGGUUUGUUGCUGCUUUUUGUACGGGGAAAAGAUACAAAGCCUGCAGGGGAGGCUUUAUGGAACCCGACCACAAGUGAAUUCAAAGCCCUUCCUCCAGCACCCUCAUCCUUUGACAACAGGUGGCCAAGUUCACUAGAAGAAAUGCGUAGUUUGGAAGUUUGGGUUUGGGAUGGCUCGUGGUCUCUGGUGUCCACACUCAGCGUCCCUUGUUCUAUGCGUCUAAACAGCCUUGUUGGGACUGAGAAAUUGAUUUUUUUGGGUUUGAAGGGUAAAUUGAUGCUUUUUGAUUGUGCGACAAGCAAGUUGGAGGAGAUACACGAAUUGCGCAGAAUUCCUAUUCCUAUCAUCAAGCAUGAGACCAAGUUUUUGGUGGCGCGAGUAUCAAGGAUGGACGAGGAACAACAGUUAGAUUACUCGAUAAUUUCAACCAAGGAUAAAUUUCCUAAACUCGAAAAAGAUUUAAAAUAUCCAAUCGCCCAGGGCAAGGAUCAUCACCAUCCCUCAUCGAUUUGCAAUGGUUUAUUGCUGCUUUUGGUACUGGAAAAAGAUACAAAGCCUCCAGGGGAAGCUUUGUGGAACCCCACCACAGGGGAACUCAAAAUCCUUCCUCCUUCAAACUUUGACCCCAGAAUGUAUGUGAAGAUGUCCGAAGGUUAUUUUGGUUUCGGGUUUGAUUCGGAGUCUGAGGAUUACAAGGUGAUAAGAUUGCUCGAGCUCAAUCCAGCUGCGAUGGCCGAACUUUAUUCGCUGAGAAGUAAUUCAUGGAAACAAGUCAGCGUCGUUCAUCCUUUAUGUAUGCCACGACACUCGACUGUUCACUUUGGUUCCUCUCUUAUUCCUGCGCCCCCAAGUGACAUUCCCACUAGAAGAAAUAAUAUGAAGCUGGUGGAAUAUUGUGGGUAUCUCGGUGCUAUGAUUAUGUCGGGUGUUGACAGAUCACUAGAAGAAAUGCGUAGUUUGGAAAUUUGGGUUUGGGAUGGGUCGUGGUCCCUAGUGUCCACGUUCACCGUCCAUGGUUUUGUGAAUUUAAAGGGCAUUGUUGGGACUGAUAAAUUAAUUUUUGAUUGGAGUGGUAAUCUAAUGCUUUUUGAUUGUGUGACAAGCAAGGAGGAGGAGAUACACGGUCUGCCUACUUCUUUUAUGGCGUUGUACCACCGCAAAGAGGAAUAA